AUGAGAUUCAAUUUUUAAAAGAAGCUUUAUUCUAAGUUUCCUUAAUAUUUAAUUAGACCAAAUUUGUUGAGAUUGAUAUUGACAUUUUAAGUUUACUAACCAACAUAAUAAAAGCAAAAAUGUUUGGUUUUGGGCAUUCAAAAAGAAUAAAGCAAAUCUAAAAAAAAGUAACACUUCCAUCACAAUCAUAGAUUAUUAAUCUAAUGUUAUUUCAAUUAUUCAAAUGAGAUAUUUAUCAAUAAAUUAUACUUUUACUUUCUUAAUGGAGUUCUUCUAGGUACAAACUCUAUAAAUUAUGCCUUCUCAGUUAAAAAUAAUUGUGAAAAAAAGUGGCAUUUCAUUCUAUACUCAAAAUAUCUGGAUUAGGGAAUAUUCCAUAUUUUCAAUAAAAAAUUUGAUUGCAUUUAUAAUUAUUAAAGGUUGUCUUCUUUGAUUUUAUUACCUGGAGAUCUUAAAUAAUUAAAGAGUUUUGAGGGGAUGGUCAAAAAAGAUUUAAAAAAUCCCCAAAACCAAGAUUUGAAUUACUCAUUUAUAGUUUAAGGAAGCUUCAAAGUUGUUUUUUAACUUUUUUUAAAUUUUCAAUACUAUGUUAAUAAGGUGAUUCUAUUGUAACUUUUUAUAACCUUCUAAUAAAUUUAAGAACAAUCACUAAUAAUCUUAAUCUUCUCUUUAUUCCCAUCAUUUUGGAUUACUUUAAUAAAUAGCUUGCAUUAUAGAAUCUCAUUUAUUGUUCUUUUGGGUAAUUAAUCAUAUAUUCUCAAAGUAUGGUUUUUAAUAUAAAAUCUAAUUCAAUGUUUUACUUAUUUGAUUAAAAUAAUGCGAUUAACACUUUAUUAUACUUGA